GCGGAGAGCUCGCUCGGGGGGUGGGGGGUCAGAAGAUUUGGGUGACUGUCCAGAUGGGGAGACUGGAGUGUCAGAGGGGUGGAGUCUGCGGAAGGUCAGGGAGGGGGCGUGAGUCCCCCCUCUCUCACACCGCCUUUGCGGGGGUGGGGGGAGCGGCGCAAGGCCCUCUGGGGAUUGACGCUAUCCAGGGGUUGCUAUGGCGCCGGGGGUCACUUGGCUGUUUGGCAGGGGGAGGGGAUUUCGGAGGCCCCGCCCCCGGGGCCGGCCCCGGCUCCAUGCAGCCCGCCCGGAUUGCGCUCUGGCUGCGCCUGGCUUUGGCCCUGGGCCUGUCCCUCGUCGGCCCCCUGGCUGUGGGGGGCACCUCGGUCCGGGUGCCCAUCUAUGUCAGCAGCUGGGCAGUGCGAGUGCCCCAGGGUGCCCGGGAGGCCGAGCGCCUGGCUCGCAAAUUGGGCUUCGUCAACUUAGGGCAGGUCUUCCCUGACGGCCAGUACUUCCAUCUGCGGCACCGGGGCGUGGUCCAGCAGUCUCUGAACCCCCACUGGGGCACCCGCCUCCGCCUGAAGAAAGACCCCAAGGUGAGCUGGUUCCAGCAGCAGACGCUGCAGCGCAGGGUGAAGCGCUCCCUGGUGAUCCCCAACGACCCCUGGUUCCCCAAGCAGUGGUACAUGAACAACGAUGUAGAGCCGGACCUGAACAUCCUGCAGGUGUGGAGCCAGGGGCUGUCGGGCCGGGGCGUGGUGGUCUCCGUGCUGGACGAUGGCAUCGAGAAGGACCACCCGGACCUCUGGGCCAACUAUGACGCCCUGGCCAGCUACGACUUCAAUGACUACGACCCUGACCCCCAGCCUCGCUACACACCCAGCGACGAGAACCGGCAUGGGACCCGCUGUGCCGGGGAGGUGGCUGCUGUGGCCAACAACAUGUUCUGUGGCGCCGGCGUGGCCUACAAUGCCCGGAUCGGAGGCGUGCGCAUGUUGGACGGCACCAUCACCGACGUGAUCGAGGCCCAGUCCCUGAGCCUGCAGCCGCAGCACAUCCACAUCUACAGCGCUAGCUGGGGCCCCGAGGACGACGGCCGCACCGUGGACGGCCCCGGCAUCCUGACCCGUGAGGCCUUCCGGCGCGGCGUGACCAAGGGCCGCGGCGGGCUGGGCACGCUGUUCGUGUGGGCCUCGGGCAACGGCGGGCUGCACUACGACAACUGCAACUGCGACGGCUACACCAAUAGCAUCCACACGCUGUCCGUGGGCAGCACCACGCGCCAGGGCCACGUGCCCUGGUACAGCGAGGCCUGCGCGUCCACGCUCACCACCACCUACAGCUCGGGCGUGGUCGCCGACCCGCAGAUCGUGACCGCUGACCUGCACCACGGCUGCACAGACAGGCACACGGGCACGUCGGCGUCGGCGCCGCUGGCAGCCGGCAUGAUCGCCCUGGCGCUGGAGGCCAACCCCUUCCUCACCUGGAGAGACAUGCAGCACCUGGUGGUCCGCGCGUCCCGGCCGGCGCAGCUGCAGGCUGAGGACUGGAGGACCAAUGGCGUGGGGCGCAGGGUCAGCCACCACUACGGCUACGGGCUGCUGGACGCCGGCCGGCUGGUGGACCUGGCCCGCGCGUGGGGGCCCACGCUGCCCCAGCAGAAGUGCAUCGUCAGGGUCCUGCACAGCCCCACCCCCAUGGAGCCGCAGAUGCAGGUGAGCAAGAACGUGUCCGCGUGCGCCGGCGGGCCCAACGCCAUCCGCUCGCUGGAGCACGUGCAGGUGCGGCUGAGUCUGGCGCACACCCGCCGCGGAGACCUGGAGAUCGCGCUCCUCAGCCCCAUGGGCACCCGCUCCACGCUCGUGGCCAUCAGACCCUUCGAUGUCAGCACCCAAGGCUACAACGGCUGGGUCUUCAUGUCCACCCACUUCUGGGACGAGGACCCGCGCGGCGUGUGGACCCUGGGCCUGGAGAACAAAGGCUUCUACUUCAACACGGGGACACUGUUCCGCUACACGCUUCUGCUUUAUGGCACGGCGGAGGACAUGACGGCGCGGGCCCCGGGCCCCAAGGUGACCGGCGGGUGCGCACAGCGGGACCCGCGGGGGCUGUGCCAGGAGUGCAGGGGGCCCGCCUUCGCGCUGGGCCGCCUCUGCCUGGCCUACUGCCCGCCCCGCUACUUCGGCCGCAGGCGGCCUGCUGUGAGCCCCACAACCAGCCGAGCCUCAGUGUCCGCCCUGCGUGAGUGCGCCAGCUGCCACCGCACCUGCUAUGCCUGCCGGGGCCGCUCAGCGCUCAACUGCACAGCCUGCCCGCCGCCCGCCACCCUGGACACCCGCCGGGGCUCCUGCCGGCUGCCCGCCACCCCCAGGCCGCGCCGGGGAAACCCACCCACCACAGCCUCCAACUCGCAUAGCCCCAGGGCUGCCCCGCUGCUGGGCCUGCUGGGCCUGGGUCUGGGCCACCUCCCCGCACCCGGAAGCCUCUGAGCCCCGUCUGCAAUGCUGGAUAGCAACAGAUUUAGGGCAGUGCCCGCAGGCUGGCCAGGGUGUGCCCUCAGGAGUCCGGGGACAGGGACGGCCUGGCAGGUCCCAGAAUGCUUGCCAGGUCUGGGGCAGGGCCGCGGUGGGGAACCCGCCUCUCCAGCCCCGGGCCCCCCCAGAAUUGUGAGGUGGGCAGAGAAGGCCUCACCUCCAGCCUGUGCUGCUCUGGCCACCUCAGACUUUGCAAAUAAAAGUUGAAUCAGA